GCAAAAGUGUUAGCUAGCUUCCUGUCUCGGAACAAAAUGAAAAUGUAACACUUCUGUGGAGAAGACGUGUUCUAUUAACAUAUUGUAAAAGCCCUAAAAAUUGGCUAAUAUGUAUGAUUACUAUUCCGGGAGCAUGUUUGUGUCGGCCUCACCGCAACUAUGCUCCAACGUUUGGCUUGAAAGUUUGAAAUUAGUUUAGAAACUGGAUUGUCCCAGGCUAAAGACGCCGGAAUGUGAGUUAAAAUGGCUUGACGGUGCGUUCAUGGACACCUUGGGCUUGUUGAGGACUGUUUAGUGAUUGUUUUUAGUUGAUAUUUUUUGUGGCCAUGGCGAGCUACUUGGCGGCCAAAAUGGGAUUUAACUCUCUGAUGAGGAAACAAAACCGGAACUUCAACGUGAGGAUCUGCACCAUGGAGUCGGACAUGGAAUUCAGCUGCGAGAUGAAGUGGAAGGGGAAGGAUCUGUUCGAGCUGGUGUGCAGAACUCUGGGCCUGAGGGAGACCUGGUUCUUCGGCCUCAGGUACCACGUCAAGGACACGGUCGCUUGGCUCAAGAUGGACAAGAAGGUGCUGGAUCAGGAGGUCCCCAAGGAGGAGCCCAUCACCCUCCACUUCCUGGCCAAGUUCUACCCGGAGAACGUUGAAGAGGAGCUGGUGCAGGACAUCACGCAGCAUCUCUUUUUUCUGCAGGUGAAGAUGAAGAUCCUGGAGGAGGAGAUCCACUGUCCUCCAGAAGCUUCUGUGCUGUUGGCCUCCUACGCCGUACAUGCUAAGUAUGGCGACUACAACCCCAACGUUCACAAGCCUGGCUUUUUGGCUCAGGAAGAGCUACUGCCUAAAAGGGUGAUUAACUUAUACCAGAUGACGGCAGAAAUGUGGGAGGAGAGGAUCGCAGUGUGUUAUGCUGAACACAGGGGUCGGACGAGGGAGGAAGCCGAGAUGGAAUAUCUGAAGAUUGCUCAGGACCUGGACAUGUACGGCGUCAAUUACUUCUUAAUCCGGAAUAAAAAGGGAACAGAUCUGCUUCUGGGCGUGGACGCUCUGGGCCUGCACAUCUACGAGCCGGACAACAGGCUGACGCCCAAGUGCUCCUUUCCCUGGAACGAGAUCCGCAACAUCUCGUACAGUGACAAAGAGUUCACCAUCAAACCUUUGGACAAGAAAGCCAAUGUCUUCAAGUUCAACUCUUCACGGCUGAGAGUCAACAAAUUGAUCCUCCAGCUGUGCAUCGGCAGCCACGACUUGUUCAUGCGCAGACGGCGCGUGGACUCCCUGGAGGUGCAGCAGAUGAAGGCCCAGGCCAGAGAGGAGAAGGCCAGGAAGCAGGUGGAGAGGCAGCGUUUGCGCCAGGAGAAGCAGCGCCGGGAAGAAGCGGAACACGUCCGGGACGAGCUGGAGAGACGACUCAUUCAGCUUCAAGACGAAGCGCACAUGGCCAACGAGGCCUUGUUGCGCUCGGAGCAGACGGCGGAUCUUCUGGCAGAGAAGGCCCAGCUCGCGGAGGAGGAGGCCAAGCUGCUAGCCCAGAAGGCGGCUGAGGCGGAGACGGAGAUGAAGCGCAUCAAGGUGACGGCCAUGCGGGGCCACGAGGAAAGGCGGCUCAUGGAGCACAAAAUGGUGGAGGCCGAGAGAAUAGCCCUAAAGAUGGCGAACGAGUCGGAACGCAGGGCCAAGGAGGCGGAGCAGUUGAAGCAGGAUCUGCUGGAAGCCAGGCAGUCUGAGCACAGGGCCAAGCACAAGCUCCUGGAAAUUACAAGCAGAGUGUCCACGUGCCCUGCGCUGCCGGUCGACUGCAUGCCUCCUGACCUGAGCUUCAGCAGGGAGAACCUGAGCUUUGACUUUAAAGACACCGACAUGAAACGACUCUCCAUGGAGAUCGAGAAGGAGAAGCAUCUCCCCUUUGGUAGGGUGGAAUACAUGGAGAAGAGCAAGCACCUCCAGGAACAGCUGAACGAGCUGAAGACAGAGAUCGAUAGCCUGAAGCUAAAGGAGCGCCAGACCCCGCUGGAUGUGAUCCACGACCACAACGCUGAGCAGGGAGCCAGCAAGCAUAGCAAUUUUAAGAAGUUGACGCUACAGAGCACCAAGUCCAGAGUGGCCUUCUUUGAGGAUCUCUAAGGAACUCUCAACCUUUCUCCAUUCCUUCUACACCUCCUGGGGGUAAAAAACCAAAAACAAAUAAAGACCACUACUACAGCAUCUUCAGGGGCCUCACAGACGCAUAAACAUGGAUGCUUGUUUUCCUGCAUGACGCUGGGGAGUCAUAGAUCAUAUUUUUAAUAUUUAACAAUGAUGCAAAUACAUAUCUGUAGAUAAAUGCUGGAGAAUUUUCAUGUUUUCUAAAUGAAAAUUUACUAAUGCUCACCAAAGUGAACAAAGAAAUAACUCAUUUAAAACUGCUGGUGGUUGUUUUUGCGUAACGUUGAAGAAAACAAACACAAGCAUCGUACAAUACAAAUCAUCUUCAGAAAAUAAAUCAGAAAAAAACAAUCAGUCAUUCAGUCAGUCAAAAUCCGUCAUUACCUGUGUCAGGAUUAGUGAAUAAUUUUUACAUUCACAGUGAGGAAAACAAAACAAUGUCACUGCUUUAAAAACGUACGAUAAAAAUAAUCUUCAUGAUUUCCAUGACCCCAAGGAAGUCACUGUAAGUAAGUACCUAAACAUCACUGCUGUAAAAACAGAUUUUUCCCGAACAUCUUGACGUAUAUUCGUUAUCUAACCACUAAGGGCCAACAAAGACUAAGAUCUAGCUUCAGGGAAUGCCUUAAAGUGGCAUCCAAAAAAAGCAUUUUCUUGAAUAAAAUUGUCCUUUUUUUGGCUGAUUGUUUCCGCUAUUUUCUUUUCCGCUUGUUUUAUGUCCAAUUUUUUUUAACAUUAUUUAAACUACGGCUUAUCUUAUGUGACGUUUUCUUUUCUUAAUAAAGCAUAAACUAGUUCACCUUUUAUAAUAAGCAUACCCUUGUACACUGUAAAUACUGUAUCCCAAUGUGUGCGUGUGUGCGUGUGUGUGUGUGUGUGUGUGCGCGCGCACGUAGAAAAAAAUUCCCUGACAUACUGUAUGCAGUACAUUGUAUAAAUAAAAUAAGA